CUUCAGAGCCAUGGUGUGGGUGAAAAGUGAGGUGAUUCUAUCCGUCUACAUCAUCACCUUCCUGAUUGGCCUGCCUGCCAACAUCCUGGCACUCUACGCCUUCAGCGUCAAGAUCCAUAACAAACCCACUCCCACAGACAUCCUCCUGCUCAACCUGAUUGUGUCCGACCUCCUCUUUCUUCUCUUCCUGCCUCUCAAGAUGUACGAGGCGGCCUCCGGCAUGCUGUGGAACCUGCCCGAGUUCCUCUGCUCCAUCACUUCCUACACCUUCUUCUCCACUAUCUACACCAGUUCUCUCCUGUUGAUGGCUGUCAGUGUGGUCCGUUACCUGGCGGUGGCCUAUCCCAUCGCCUACCACCAACUUCACAAACCGUUCUAUUCUGUGGUGGCCAGCACAAUCAUCUGGCUUCUCUCCACCGCCCACUGCAGCAUCGUGUUCAUCAUCCAGCACCAUCCGGACCUCUCCCCAAGCAACACCUCCGUCUGCUACGAGGACUUCACCGAACAACAGCUGGCCAUCCUCCUCCCGGUGCGUCUGGAGUUCUUCAUCAUGCUCUGCUUGGUUCCUCUCAUAGUUUGCGUCUUCUGCUACCUCCGCUGUAUCUGGAUCCUGUACACGCUCCCCAGGAUCAGCCCGGGCCAGAAGCAGAAGGCCAUCGGGAUGGCGCUGGGUACUCUGGCCGUCUUCCUUGUGUGUGUCUUUCCCUACAACUUCUCCCAUGUGCUGGGUUUUUUCACAGGCUCCAGCCCCUCGUGGAGGUACUACACCCUGCUGCUUAGCGCCUUCAACACUUGCCUGGACCCUAUCAUCUUCUACUUCUCCUCCUCUGCUUUCCGCAUCACUACCAAGAUGGCCAUCUGCAAGAUGCUGGGACUGCGACAGGGUCAGGCUGCAGUCCAAAGGGAAAGCACAAUAGCCAAUAUUGGCCAAGAGUAGAAAAUGUAAUCACCUUACUCCAAGGUGCCUUUUGGGUAAUUUUGUUAAAAAUAACUAUUCAUUUCACCAAUUGUUUUAAUUCUAUCAUAAAGAGCAAAUGUUCAACUUCAUUCAAAAAAACAUGUUUUCCCAUCUCAAGAGGUUCAAUUAAGAAGAAUAACUAUACAAAUUCAAAUUAAAGUGACAGGAUUGACUGUAAUAGGGUUAACAAUGUUAUCUUAAAUCCGCCAUAACUCCCUUUGUGACAGGGUGAAUGGAAGCAUGUUGUGUGCAGCAGCGGGAGGCAAUUGCAAUGCAAGUUCAACAAAAACAUUUCUAGUAACUUGUUGAAAACAUUUCUAGCCUAUCUAUCUAUGGGUAACACAGGGUUGAUGGGUUAUGCUCGACGUGUUUUCCAGCACAAAGCAAAUGGCCUAAAAAAGUAGAACCAGCUCACCUGCUUUUACACUAUGAUAUGGCUAUAUUACCAGAUGGUACGUUUUUCUUUGGAUUCAAUCAUUUAAAAUCUAAUAGUUUUACCAUAUUAAAACGUGAGUUCAGGUCAUGUUACAGGGUUAACAUAAACCUGAGGGACAAAUGUAAAUUAAUCAUUAAAUAAGUAGGAAUCUUCAGACAUUACUUUCCUAAAGUAACAAAAUAACUUGGACUUAACUUGGACGUAAUUAAGUAGAUAUAUUUCGUAGAAGGUGAACAAAGAUGACAUUGGACAUGCCAAAUGGGGAUUUUCAGAGAGAAACAAAUACCUUACUUUAAUGAAAACACACUGCUAUUAGAAUGUGUAAAUAAAUAAAAAUAAAAAAAGUCUUGGCUUAGUUAAAGCAUAGAUGCAUGUGAUUCCAUUGAAAUGACAAAAGGCACUCUAUUCGUGGAGAGACCUAGCUAUGUGCAGUAUAUUUCAAGAUAAUAUGUAGUUUGUGUUUUACACAUUUCUGUGAACUGUACCUUUCUUGCCAAAGUCAUUCAUAUUUAAAUGUUCAAAAGUUUACAUUCCAUUUACAAAAGUGAGCACUUCAUACAUGAUUCAUUUGUUUCAUCACAGUAGCUUCUGUUACACUUUUGAAUUGCACACUAUGUGAAAGCUUGGUUGUUACCCUUUAAAAUUAUGAAUUUGUUUGGUUAGAGUAUGUGCUGUGUUACCUAUUUUAAUUGACACAUAAUGCUAAAUAUUUUCUACCUCCAUUUGUAUUGGCAUGAAUCAGCUAACACAUUUGUGUUGCAAAGACCUUUCUGUAUUCAAGAGUUUC